AUGGAUCCGAAUCAGUUUGCUCAGUUUUUGGAGCAUCAGACGAAGUUGUUUAGUCAACUCAUGAUGGGUCUGACAAAUGCCCAGAGAAAUGUUGCUGCAGCGCCACCGGUUGGGCCAUCACUUGGUGCAAAUAUUUCUGUUCCGCAGCCGGCACCGCUAGCAUUAGAAGGUGAUAUGGAACAGAAUUUCGACUUUUUCCAGAGAAGCUGGGACAGUUACGCUAAGGCCAUAGGUAUGGAUAGAUGGCCAGCGGUUGAUAAUGCACAAAAAGUGAGUUUUCUGUUGUCCGUGAUCGGUGAACCGGCACGGCGAAAAUAUUUCAACUUUGAGUUGACAGCAGAACAGCAAGGGAGUGUGGAAGCGGCUUUAUUGGCCAUUAAAGAAAAGGUUACGGCCAAACGCAAUAUCAUCAUCGAUCGAUUGGAUUUUUUCUCCGCCGCUCAAACGUAUGACGAAUCCAUCGAUGAUUUUACCUCCCGCCUAAAAGUGCUUGCCAAAAUAGCGAAACUAGGAUCGCUUGAAGCAGAUUUGGUAACGUACAAGGUGGUUACAGCUAAUAAGUGGACAAAAUUACGCACUAAGAUGCUAACAGUUGCCGACAUCACUUUAACGAAAGCAGUGGAUAUGUGCAGAGCCGAAGAGAUAGCAGCAAAACGAUCGCACGAGCUGGCUAUUCCGGCCGAAUCGGAAGUGAAGAAAAUUUCAAAACCUAAGAAGAAAAUGCUCCGCUCGGUUUCAUUCGUAACAACUAAGCCAGCUGAGUCGUCGCAGCUUUUGAAUGUACAUCGUGUCGAAGCGCAGAAGAUAAUCGACAGACAUGCUGAAAUAUUUAAGGGAUACGGCAAGCUAGCUGGAACAGUGUCUUUGGAAGUGGAUCCCGAUGUUACUCCAUCUAUACAAUCGCCUCGUAGAGUACCUAUUGCUAUGCGUGCCAAACUGAGAAGAGAGCUGGAUGCUCUUGAAGCAGAAGGCGUGAUUAUUAAAGAGUCGAAACACACAGACUGGGUGAGUAACAUUGUCAUUGUCCAACGUGGUAAUCCUGAAUCACCCAGUAUCCGUAUUUGCCUUGACCCGAUUCCGCUUAACAAAGCUCUCAAGAGACCUAAUCUCCAGUUUGUCACUUUGGAUGAGAUUCUUCCUGAGUUAGGAAAAGCCAAAGUGUUUUCAUCCGUCGAUGCCAAGAAAGGUUUCUGGCAUGUUGUAUUGGAUGAACCUAGUAGCAAGCUGACGACUUUUUGGACUCCUUUUGGUCGAUAUCGCUGGACUCGUUUGCCGUUUGGAAUUGCUCCAGCUCCAGAGAUUUUUCAAAUGCGCCUGCAAGAAGUCAUUCAGGGACUCAAAGGUGUCGAGUGCAUUGCGGAUGAUUUACUAGUGUAUGGCGUAGGUGACAACAUGGAAGAAGCUCUCGUCGACCAUAACCGUUGUCUCGAAAAGUUAUUGACUCGCUUAGAAAAACACAACGUUAAACUGAACAAGUCCAAGCUCAAACUAUGUCAGACUUCGCUCAAGUUUUAUGGUCAUGUAUUGACUGACCAAGGAAUAAAGCCAGAUGAAACGAAAAUCUCUACGAUUCGGAAUUUUCCUAUCCCGACCAACCGAAAGGAAGUCCAUCGUUUUGUCGGUAUGGUCAACUACCUAAGCAGAUUUCUAAAAAACCUCAGUUCGAAUUUAACAAACCUCAGAAGGUUGAUUUUGGAAACAACUCCCUGGCAAUGGACAGCAGUGGAGCAAGAGGAAUUCGAACGAGUAAAGUCACUGGUAUCAGAUGUUGGAACCUUAAGCUAUUACAAUGUUAACCAACCGCUUACCAUUGAAUGUGACGCAAGCUGUUUCGGGCUUGGUGUGGUUGUGUAUCAAUCGCACGGCAUAAUUGGAUAUGCAUCAAGAACUUUGACUCCUACGGAGCGUAAUUACGCUCAAAUCGAGAAGGAAUUACUAGCUAUUCUAUUCGUCUGCACUCGUUUCGACCAACUAAUCAUCGGUAACCCAAAGACUGUGAUCAAAACAGAUCACAAGCCCCUCAUCAGUUUGUUCCAAAAGCCGUUGCUUUCAGCUCCACGUCGUCUUCAGCACAUGCUGCUAAAUCUGCAGCGUUACCGAUUAUCUGUUGAGUUUGUUACAGGUAAGGACAAUGUUGUAGCGGAUGCAUUGUCUCGCGCACCGCUGGAUGCAAAGCUAACUGUCGACAUAUUUGAUAAGCGAAACAUAUACAAAGUCGUGAAUGAAGUCGAAGCAUUCCAACUGAGUAAGUUUUUGAGCGUUUCGGAUAGCCGUUUGGAUGAAAUAAAAUUCGCAACCGAAAGAGAUCAGUCAAUGCAACUGAUCAUCGACUACAUACAGCACGGUUGGCCUAUGUCAGUCGACCGCGUACCUGAUAGCGUUAAAAUCUACUUUAAUUAUCGUAGUGAAUUGGCUACUCAGGAUGGUAUGGUGUUUCGAGGUGACCGUAUAGUAAUCCCUCAUGUUCUUCGCCGCAAGCUCGUUGAUAGUUGCCAUGUUAGCCACAAUGGAACGGAAUCUACACUAAAAUUAGCCAGAGCUAAUCUCUUCUGGCCGGGCAUGUCUUCCCAAAUUAAAGAUGUCGUCAAAGAGUGUUCUAUUUGUGCUAAGUAUGCACCUUCUCAGCCGAAUCCUCCGAUGAUGAGCCACAACAUUCCUGUAUACCCUUUUCAAAUGGUUUCUAUGGAUGUUUUUCAAGCAGAGUACCGAGGCAUCAAACGUAAGUUUUUAGUUACUGUUGACCACUAUUCUGAUUUCUUCGAGCUUGAUAUUUUGAAAGACUUGACGCCGGAGUCAGUAAUCUUCGCUUGUCAGCAGAAUUUUGCCCGUCAUGGUAAACCACAGAGACUGAUCAGCGAUAAUGCGACCAACUUUUCAAAUGUCAAAAUGGUAAAAUUUGCCCGUGACUGGGAUAUCGAGUUAGUUACAACAGCACCCCAUCACCAACAGGCUAACGGUAAAUCCGAGGCAGCUGUAAAAAUAGCAAAACGUUUAAUUACGAAAGCAGACGAAACUAACACUGAUUUUUGGUAUGCUCUCUUACACUGGCGAAAUAUACCAAAUAAGAUUGGUUCCAGUCCUGCGGCUCGUUUGUUUUCUCGUCAAACUCGCUGUGGUGUGCCUACAUCCGUAUCAAAUUUGCUUCCGAGAGUCGUAAAUGACGUUCCUACAAAAAUCGAGAACAAUCGUAAAACCUUUAAACGCAACUAUGAUAAAACAUGUCGACACUUACCUGAGCUACAGAUUGGUUCUCCGGUAUACACGCAGCUACAACCUGAGUUUUCGAAAACUUGGCGUGCUGGAACAAUUGCCGAUCGUUUAAGCGAACGAUCCUAUUUAGUCAACGUAGACGGAGUGGAUUAUCGUCGUAGUCUAGUGCAUUUGAAGCCACGUAAAGAACCGAACAUACUACCUGACCGCAGACCAUCAACGUUAGUUUCCAGUAAUAGUUUUUCAAACAGCGACAUUCAACUUGCUUCUCUUCCGGACGGUGAAAAAACGAAUGGUUGUCAAAUGGAAAGUCACGUUGCGCCACAGUUUGCUAUGAUUGAAUCACAACAAACUGCCUCCCCUUCAACAUCGCGUGGUGGCGCAAUGCGUUCUUCAACUUCGUGUAUUCCCACAACUCCAAAGCAAAAGGAAAAGAAUAACUUUGUACCGGAAGUGUCAUCUAAUCGCAGACCAAAACGAUUGACGCCUAUCCCAGAAAAGUUUAAGGACUUCGAAUUAGCCUUUAAGUGA